AUGAUUGUACAGAGGAGGGGUGUUAAACUAUUUAAUCAAAAUAUCAUUAGAUUUUUAUCUACAAAGGCGAAAGAAGUGGAAUCUUCAACGCAAUCUAAUCAUGCCAUAUCAACCAAGCAGUUAUUGUAUACCACAGACCCCGUGUCACCAGGAUCGAUUUUCUUUCUUCCACAUGGAACCAGAAUCUUGAACAAGUUAAUUCAAUUUAUGAAGAACCAGCAAACCAAAUAUGGAUUCCAAGAAGUUAUAACACCGUUAAUUUUUAAAACAAAAUUGUGGAAGAAAUCAGGACAUUGGGAUAAUUACAAAGAUGACAUGUUUAAAGUUGUGGGUAACGAUUUGUCCAAAGAGGAGCAUACCGAUAACAUAGAAGAACAUGAAUAUGGAUUAAAACCAAUGAAUUGCCCAAGUCAUUGUAUGAUUUUUGCCAAGUUUGAUCGUUCGUACCAGGAGUUACCAAUUAGAUAUUCAGAUUUUAGUUCCUUACAUAGAAAUGAAGCAUCUGGUGCGUUGUCAGGGUUGACUAGAGUAAGAAGAUUUCAUCAAGAUGAUGGUCAUAUAUUUUGUUCAAUGUCCCAGAUCGACCAAGAAAUUAAAAACACAUUAACUUUAAUCAAGGACACUUACAAAGUCUUUGGUAUCGAUGAUAUUGAGUUUUAUUUAUCCACCAGACCAGAAGAAAAAUACAUCGGAGAUAUUGAGACAUGGAACAAAGCAGAAGAUCAAUUAAAGAAUGUUUUGAACUCAACUGCCGGUGAAGGACAAUGGCUGAUUAGAGAAGGGGAUGGUGCCUUUUAUGGACCAAAAAUCGAUGUAUUAUUGAAAGAUGCAUUUGGUAAAAAACACCAAGUUGGUACUAUUCAACUUGAUUUCCAAUUACCUAAUAGAUUUGAAUUAAAAUAUGUUGGUGAAGAUGGUAAUCGUGAUCAUCAACCCAUUCUUGUACAUAGAGCAGUUUAUGGGUCAUUGGAGAGAUUUUUUGCUAUAUUAUUGGAUCAUUACCAAGGGAAAUGGCCAUUCUGGAUUAAUCCGAGACAAGCCAUUAUUAUUCCAAUCAAUGAAAGUCACGUACAAGCUGCUGAAUCUUUACAACAAAAGCUUGGUGGUGACUUGUUAAAUUCAGAUGAAUCAAUUGCACCACUUACAAGUUACAACUUCUAUGUUGACAUAGAUAAAAGAGGUGAAACAAUUGGAGCAAGAACCAAAGAAGCUAUACAAAAGGGCUACUCAUAUAUUAUUUUGAUUGGUGAUAAAGAAAUUACUAAUGGAACAUUUGCUGUUAGAACUAGAGACGAUAGAAAAGUCAAAAACAUGACAUCCGAAGAAAUUUAUGACUUGUUUGUUCAAUUAGAAAAGACUUACAAAUAG